GUUUCCUUCCCUUGACUGCAGACGGUCCAGAGCUUCUCGUUUAGCAUGUCAUCAUCAGGUCGCAAUGGCCCUACAGCUCUUCCAACAGACAUCCUUCUCAUCCUCUUUACCCGACUACACACGAAUCCACCUUGUCUAGAUGAUUUAAUUUUAUCCUGCAAAGGCGUUUGUAGGGCUUGGAGAAAUGCAGUGGAGUGGGUACUUCAAAAACCUGAGUGGGGUGUUCAAAAAGGGUUCAGUAAAGGGGAUGGACAUGGUAGGGUGUUUGAUCUCGGCAUGGAAGUUGGACCCAAUGUGGGCUGGGUUGAUUUCCCAUUACACUAUGGAAGAGGGAGUGUACCGACAGAACCAGAGUCUUGGACGAUGCGUGUAAUGCUUCACCCGACCCUCCACGGCGGCCCCCUUGUUACGAUCCACACACGAACAUCGUCGCACCCCACCACGCACACCUUGAUCGUUGAUGGAUCUUCUGGACUAGAAUCCCUCCAGCAAUGUCUACGAAGAGUUGGUCGAACGACUUGGCGUGAUAUCCAACUACGCACCUCUGCUGGCUUUGACACUACUGACCCAACUCUGGGCAAUCUUGAGGACAUAGUUCGCAAAAAUACGAUAAGUGAAGAGGAAGAGCAGAGAGCAUCCGUCGAUGAUGGGUUUUUCUUUGGCGGUGCAGAUACUAUUUCUCAGUUUCAUGGGAUUCGCCAUGGAGAGGUGGCGGAGGUUGUACCGUCCUUUGGUUCCCAAGUAGAGGGUACUUGGAUUCAUGAUGGCCAUUGUGUGAGAGGCUUGACAAAUAAAGAUUCUGAUCUGCGCGAAUGGUGGGACUGCGGUCAUACGACAUGGAAACAUUCGCGUAGGUUGUGGGGUCGACAUGGUCGGAUGGGUGGCAUGGGACCAGAUCGAGCUGGGGAUGCGGGAGAAAACGAUCAGUCAGAGCAAAAUGAGAUUGCCGAUGUACGUGAUUGGUUUGCAAAAUUUGUCAGCGGGAAUGUUGAGCAGAUAGCGGACAGAACCGAGGAGGAUCCUUAUCGGUAUGCAGGACUGAUGAUUGGAAGUAGGGCUGGUUUGGAUGUGUUGGACAAGUUUCUGGCAAAAAGAGCCUUGCGAGGAAAGCAGAAAAAUGAGUGCAAGACGGUACCUACGUACUUAUUCGCAAUACUUCCAUCCAUCAACGCGCACGCUCCAGAGGACAGACCUCUUCCGAUACCGGUAACAACUGUACUCUCUCCAGAACCGGAACCGAGCACACAUAACGAGGGCACUGGCAAGGAAACGCAGACGGAUUUUUGUCACCAAUGGCAAUACCACCAGCAUUGUCAGUCUGCACACGCAAGGACUGGAACGUCAGAAGAAACUAUGCUAUCCAAGGAGGAAAAGGAAAAUCCGUACACCAAGUUCAAAGCUACCAUUUAUUUUGUUUGGCCAGAUUACACAACCUGCAGUCAUGCAGCCACACCUGAUCAACCACAAGGCAUUCUUGACCGUCGCUUUUCCGCGCUAUCCGAUAUCGCACAGACCAUCACCAUUACCCCCGCACCGGACGAAACAGACCCAACGUCAACAAGCACAACAACCACCUCUACGUCGACAUAUGAUUUGUGCGACUCGUUCAUGAGUAGCCCAGACGCUUCAUCAUCUCGAAUCCUGCAAACAAUCGAAGACAUCCUUGAUGCGCGUCGGCCGCUUGAUCAAACAGGUCGAUUGGAUAUGACAAAAUCAGACAUGGACCCAUUUUAUAUAGUCCUCUCCCAGCGCAAUCUGAAAAACUUUGAGAGCAUACUACAUGGAGCCGGUUUACGAGCUGGUAGCUCGACAAGGUGGUUAAGGCUUUCACCGCGUUGGCGGCGCUACGGUCUUUUGGGAAUGAAUGAAGAUGAAACAGGCUCUAGCGCUUUUGCCUUUGACUUUGGAAAGCGUAAGGAUGUGCGAGCUGACGGCGCCGUUUUCUUUGCGGAAGGCGCUGUUGGAUUUGACGCAAACUUUGGUAAACCAUCUGUGGCGUUAGGAGUGGAUGAGAUAUGAGAAUGCCGCGGUGAACAGCUUGGCGAUAGCUUCAUGAUGUAUGAGUGACUUAUUCUUAGUGUAGAGGUGACAGAAAAUGGCACUAGCUACUACACCAGGGAAUAAACCGGCGACAACCGGUUCGGAAAAGCUAACUAACUACUAGGCAAUUAUGC